UUCAACCUUCCUCCCUCAUAUUCAGGCACAUGAUCCCACAAUGGAAGAAACAACAUCAACUAUCAUCAUGGCUGCACUCUCCACCCUCACCCCUCCCCAAUUCUCCGAUCUCACCCACUCCAUUCUCUCCGCCACCCACCACCACCGCCGCCGCCUCGCCGCCCUCCUCUCUUCCCCCACGCUCUUCUCUCUAACCCUCCACCACCUCCACACACUCUCCCUCCCCCAGAAGACCCUCAUCGUCGCCCGCCACCUCCUCUCCUCCCUCCACCUCCUCGUCGCCACGUCGCCGCCCCCCUCCACCGCCACCCGGCAGCGCGACCUCGACGCCGCCCUGCUCCUCCUCCUCCUCUGCGAAACGCACAACCACAACCCGGAAGCCCUCGACGCACCCUUCUCCGAAUGGAGAAGAAACCUAAGCAACCUCUUCACUUAUUCAUUGCUGACUCUUUCUCUUGCACCCGUUGGGACCUGCCCGGGAACGGUUUUGAUUCCCUUUGUUGAGACGGUGACGCGGUGCUGGAGACUCGUCAGCGCGCUGGACUGCGGCGGCGGGAAGGAAGUGGGGGAGGUGGCGGCGUCGGCCGCCACGGUGGUGGCUCUGCCGUCUGUGGAGGUGAGAAACGGUGGGAGGGAGUGCGUUAUAUGCAAAGAGGAGAUGGGAAUAGGGAGGGACGUGUGUGAGUUGCCAUGUCAGCACUUGUUUCAUUGGAUGUGUAUUUUACCCUGGCUGGGAAAGAGGAACACGUGUCCUUGCUGCAGGUUUAGGUUGCCGUCCGAUGAUGUCUUCGGAGAGAUCCAACGGCUGUGGGAAAUCUUGGUUAAAAUGGGUGCAAAAGAAUAAUAAAUAGCUACCUUGAUUCUUUAUAAAAGGUUAGAGUAUUUGUAGAAUUGGUUAGUUUCACAGUGGUUAGUAACUUAAAUAGUUCUGUCCUUGGUCAAUGUGUUGCUGCAAAGAGAGGCUAGAGGAAGGGGGAAGAAAAUCCAAAUGGUUCCUUAACGUUGGUUAAUGUUUGUACUAUCUUUCUUGUUUCUUAGUCCUUCACAAAGACGCAAACGAAUUGAAGAAGGGGAGGUGGGGUCCACAGUCUAAAAUUAAGGCUUGUGGUUUUUUGAUGUUUUUGGCUCAAGACAGGGACUCCUGUGGUAGAGGGCGAAGGGUAUGACUGUGUGGCCAAAUGAGUGGAUGGACAGAUAGAAUGUACAAGUGUGAGGUUCUCUUGAAUGUAUAGACAGUGAAAGACUCGGAUAGAUAGAUACUAUGUGUAUGUGAUAUGUCCAUAGAAUCAAUAAAAUUAGCAAAGGCUUUUAGUUGCA